AUGUCGAUACCUGGCGGUCCUCAAGAAGACGAAGAAGAUGACUAUCUCACAAUGACCGUCCCGGAACCCCAGCCUGCCUCCAAGUUUGAAAACUCCGCCCAGCGCACGCUCCGCCACAAACGCGAAGCCGCCGCCCGCGCGAACCCCAAAUCCAAAGCCGACCUCGCCGCUGAAGCAGAAACUGCGCGCCAGAAAGCCCUCUCGACCGCCCUCCCCACCACCUCGUCCAAGGGCGCGCAGAUGAUGGCGAAGCUAGGCUACAGGCCUGGAUCUACGCUCGGCAAGGAGGGUAAUGUGAAUGCGAGGGCGGAGCCGAUUGGGCUGGAGAUGAAAGAGGGGAGGGAGGGUGUGGGGCUGGUUGGGGAGCAGAAGAGGAAGUUCCGGGAAGAGGUUGCACAGAGGGAGGGGGAGGAGAAGAGGAGGAAGGAGGAAGAGGGAGGGUAUAGAGAGCGUAUGACACGGGAACGGGAGGAGAAGAGGACGGAGGGGAUGUGGUGGGGUGGGAUGAAGGUGCUUGAGGGGUUGGUGGAGGAGGAGGAGGCGGGGGGAGUGAUUGGCAAGGCCCAGAGGGGAGGGGUGACGGUGCCGUUGCUUUAUAGACCGCUUGUCAUGGAUAGGAGGGGUAAGGAGAGGGAUGCGAAGAGGAGACAUGCUAUGAUUCAGAGUCUGUCCAGGAAUCAGAUGUAUGAUGAUCCGGAAGAGGACGAGCAUGAUAGGCAGGCUUUGGGGAAGGAUGUUGAGGAUUUGGAGGAGGAUGAGGAGGCUGACGAGGAGUUGGAUGAGUAUGUGAAGUUGACGGGUGCGGAAAGGUUGGAGAAGGUGGUGAAGGAGUUGAGGGGGAAGUGGUUCUAUUGUUUCUGGUGCAAACACCAUUAUUCUAGCGGUGAGGAGAUGGAGGAUGAGUGUCCUGGCGAGACAGAAGACGAACAUGGAUUACUUUCGAGACAUAACCUGUCAGGGCAUUCUGCCAAAGAGCUUCCCAUCACCCUUGACGGUCACUUUCAGGAAAGAUUCCCUGCUCACAUGUCAGAAGAUGAUUCGUAG